AUGAACAGAUAUUUUAUUUUGGCUUUUUUGGUUGCUAUCGUUGCCAUUAUUACAUUCAUCGUAACACCUUCAUCAGUAUUUCAAUGUGAACACUAUAAAUUGCCGAAACCACCAAAGUUAGAAGGCAUUUUAGCAGUAAAUAAUAUAUUAACAAAAGCAGAAUAUCUUCUGAAGGAUAAAAUUUUUGGCCCAGAAUCAAUUAUUGUGGAGAAAGAUAAAAUUGUGACAGGGAUGCAAAAUGGAAUGAUAAUUUCGGCAGAAUCUGGAGUUAUUCGGAAAAGUCUUACAUUUGGGUCGGUCAAUCUCGAUCUCUGCGACGGUCGAUUCGAUAUGGAACCGAAAUGUGGUCGACCGUUAGGUCUUCGUCGAUUAAAUGCUGAAACUAUUUUGGCCAUUGAUACUUAUUUUGGCAUUUUCUCCGUCAAUUUUGAAAAAGGACAACAUAUGGUAAUAUUAGGGAAUCAGACGGAAGUAAAUGGUAAACCAAUGAAAUUUCUGAACGAUAUUGACGUGGUUGAUCGGGACGUACUGAUAUUUACGGAUUCUUCCAGCAAGUGGGAUCGACGCCAUUUCAUGAAUAUUCUCUUGGAGGGUAUUCCUAAUGGAAGAGUUUUGCGCCUAACACGAUCAACUGGAAAAAUUGAAGUCAUUAUGGAUAAAUUAUAUUUUCCGAACGGCCCACGAAUGGGUGAAACGGAAAUCUUCAUUGAUAAUCUACCUGGUUUACCGGAUAAUAUACGCUUAGGUAGUAAUGGAACAUUUUGGAUAGGUUUGGGAGCUGUGCGUCACAGUGAUCAGUUCUCAAUGUUGGAUUUUCUCGCUGAUAAACCAUACAUAAGGAAAUGUAUUCUUCAGUUGGUACCGGAACGACAAUGGGAAUGGCUAAUGUCAAUAUUCGGUACAAAGCAUGCGUUGAUUUUGCAACUUAAUGAAAAAGGCCAAAUAGUAGCAAGCGCUCACGAUCCAAUGGGCCAAAUAAUUAAAGAAGUGUCACAGGUGACAGAAGCCAAUGAAUACCUUUAUUUAGGUAGUUACCGCUCUCCAUUUAUUGCUCGGCUCCGUAAGGAUCACAUCAUUUACUGA